AUGGAAUUUUUCUAUGAAGAAGAGGUAUUGAAUAAAGUUAAGGAUCAACAAAAAGUUGACAAAGAAAUAGGUGUAAGAAAAGAAAAGAAUCAUGAUAAUGAUAUUGAGUCUCCCCAUUUGAAUAAAGAUGAAAGAACUAAUUACAUAUUUGAUAAAUUAGAAGACCAAAUAGGUGAUGUCUAUGAGAAGACAGCAAGCAAAUUGAAGGAAAUAGUUAAUGAUGUAAAUACGGAAGGGUUAGCUAUUCCAAUACCUUUGAUUGAUGAAAAGGCUUCAACUAAGGCUCAAAAAUAUAUUGAAACUUUAGACAAUAAUUUAGCUAGCAUGGAAAAUGCAGCAACUUCAUAUUGGAAUAAAAUGUCAAAGUCAAAUUUUUGGUCAAAUGUUACACAAAAUUUGACUUCUCAGUUUGAAAAUACUGUUAAUUUUGUGUCUGAUGUUAUAAACAAUGAUUUCCCGAAUACUAAUUCAAAGGAACAUGCUACUGUUAAGAAUGAUGAGAAGGAUGGCAAGGUAAUUAUAGGUGGUAGUAGAACAGAAACUGAAUUAAAGAAUUUAUCAAAUAAUAAAUUGUUAUAUUUAGAAUAUCAACCAGAAGACAAUUUUAAAGAAAUCACAAAUAUUAAGGAUAGAACUCAAGAAAUUGAUCAAAUUUUGAGAAAAGAUAAAGAUCUGGAAACGUUGAUGAAUAAACUUGUCCCGGCUUCAAUCACAUAUACCAAAUUUUGGUCGAUUUAUUUAUAUGAAAGAGCAAGGAUUCUAGAUAGGGAAGAUAAAAGAUUAAAAUUAUUGGCAAAUGAGUAUUCUAAAGACAAAGACAUUAAGGAGAAGUACAAGAAUAGUCCGCCUGUAGAAAGUGUUAAUAAAGUUGAAGAGAUGGAGGAAGUUGAUUGGGGUGAUGAUGAUGAUGAUGAUGAUGAUGAUGAUGACUCCUCGGUUGUUAUUGUAAAGAAAGAAGAUGUCGAAGAUAGCAGUAAACCAUCUUACCUAAAGAAUGUAGAAGAUAUGAAGAAAGAUGAAAGCAAUAAGAAAAAUAAUAUGGAUGACAAAGGAGAUGAUGAUGAUGAUGAUGAUGAUGAUGAUUGGGAAUAA